CAGUUCGGUUUCCCCGUCGACAACACCAUCGGGGGCACCCCCCAGAUCAACACGUGGUCGUACGACUGGGAGGAGUUCUUCAGAGACAGACGGCUGCAACCACAACUGCAAAUGACAGGUGACACGCAGCUGAAGCGGAUGGGGGAGAAUCUGUGCAGCAAUCUGCACACCUUCUUUGAAGGCAUCGAGGUCCGCCCCAGUGUCCUACACGGAGAUUUGUGGAGCGGCAACAUCGGGUCGGUGGGGGGGCAGCCCGCCGUAUUCGACCCGGCCACCUACUACGGCCACCACGAGGCGGAGUUCGGAAUGAGCUGGUGUGCGGGUGAGGGGGGUUUCAGUCCGGCCUUCUACUCCGCCUACCAUGACCUCAUCCCGCGGGCCCCGGGCUUCGAGCGACGUGCCGAGCUGUACCGCCUGUACCACUACCUCAACCACCUGAACCUGUUCGGAGACAGCUACUACCCGCAGUGCGCCACCAUACUCAAGAGACUCACGACGUGA